AUGUCCGCCUUCCGCCCCUCAGCCCACGCCCUCAUAACCGGCGGCGCCUCGGGCAUCGGCCACGCCAUCGCGCGCCUCUGCCUCUCACACUCAAUGCGCGUCACGAUAACCGACACCAAUGAAACCCUCCUCUCCCAAGCCUCGACCUCGCUCUCCGGAAAUCUAACCUGCAUAGCCGCAGACGUAACAUCGCGCUCCGACUGGGCCUCCCUCAAACAGCGCAUCGGAUCCGACAUCGACCUCCUCGUGCUAAACGCCGGUAUUUCGGGAAAAGGCACAUGGGGCGAUGCCGAGUAUUUCGAUAGUAUCCUCAGUACGAAUCUGGGGGGCGUGGUGAAUGGGCUGAAUGCGUUUGUGCCGGUGAUGCGGGAGAAGGAGGGGGCCGAGAAGGCGAUUGUGAUUACUGGGAGUAAACAGGGGAUUACGAAUCCGCCGGGUAACGCGGCGUAUAAUGCUAGUAAAGCAGCGGUUAAGACGCUCGCCGAGCAUUUGAGUUUUGAUCUCAAGGAUACGGGUGUUGGUGUGCAUUUGUUGGUUCCGGGGUGGACGUUUACACCGUUGGCUGGAAAGGUGCCGGGUAGUGAUGCACCGGUGCCAGAGGGGGCGUGGUCUUCGGAUCAAGUGGCGGAGUACAUGUAUGAGAAGAUGAAGGAUGGCAAGUUUUAUAUCGUUUGUCCAGAUGGUCAGGUAUCUGAAGAGACGGAUAAGAAGCGUAUGCUGUGGAGUGUGGGUGAUAUCAUCAAUGGACGACCGCCGUUGACAAGAUGGCGUCCAGAGUACAAGGAAGAAGCGGAAAAGUGGAUGGCGGAGCAGAAAGUCUAA